CUUCUUCGUCAGCGAAAGUCGCCUUCAUCCAACUCCUGCUCACAACAGGGCGCCAUCGACUCCCAGUCGCAUCUCUUCCUCGCAUCCUGCUCCUGCUCAAGCCAUUCUCCGCCCUUCGUCACUGCUGAUGUCAUCACUAGCCCUCUGGAUGCUGCGGGUCGUCCACUUCCUCUCGGCCCUCGGCCCACCGCCUUUAUCCCAGCGACUUCGUCUCAAGCCGGCCCAGUCGCCCCAGCCACGCCCGAGCAGACUGCCAACCAAGACGGCGUCUCGCAGCCGAUGCUCGGGCUCAACUGGACCCUGAAUGACAGCUUCUCGGAGUCCGGUCUUCAGGAGACCUGGUCCCGCCUCCUCACGCAACACACGGUUGCCACGGACACCGGAUCACUAGCCGGCAAGCCAUCGGACUCUUGUGUAAGACGCCACCAUCGAAGAUUCAUCUUCUCUACCGCUGGCCGGGACUGGUUCAAAUCGUCAAGGCAACAUGUUGCCUCACACCACUUUGAGGUAGCAUUCUGGCUUUCGACUUUUCGAACCCGGUAUGGCGCCGUCACGCGGUCAAUUCGCGAGGUUCGUGCUCGAGCUUCGGACGCCACUUGGUCUGACUUUAUGCAACUUGGGCCGAGCACUUCAAUAAUCGCAAACAUGUCGGCAAAGAUAUCGCCGGCCCCUAAGGGAAUCCGCUCUUCAGCAUGCUCUUCAUUAGGUCUUGGAAGCAAACACAUAUUUUACUUGCCCUAUCCUGGCUACUCUGACGAGGCAUAUAAUUUCUUCUCGUUCAGCUCGUCCAUUAACCCCUCAUCUUGGUUCUCUCUUCACUCACACAUUAUUUUCUCACUUCCUCUUUCUUCCGCGCCCACAUCCUGCAAGUCGCCUCUCUGCACAUUGCUGAUUACUUUUGAGGGCGUAGCUUUGUCAAUGCGCAAAGCCAGACGGUUUGUCUUCAGCAUUUUGUUUCUCCCCCCCCCUCCUUGUUAG